AUGUGUAUAUUAUCUAUUCACAUUUCUACUAAAUUCUCUCUUUAUCUAUCGAGUUUUCUCUUCAUUUUAUACACCAUCUCAAUUGAUUCGCCCUUCUUCAUUGGCGCCAUCGUCUAUUACUUCUUAAGUCCAAACAAAGAUAAUAGAAAAAGGUUCUUCUUCUUCUUCUUCUUCUUCCACUUCUCUAUUUCUUUCUUCUAUUUCUUCUCCUCCCCUUCUUCUUCUUUCUCCACUUCUCUCUUUCUUUCUUUCUUCUUCUUCUUCUUCUUCUUCUUCUUCUUCUUCUUCUUCUUCUUCUCUCUUUUUUUCUUCUAUUUCUCCUCCUCCUCCUCCUUCUUUUUUCUCCACUUCUCUCUUUCUUUCUUCUAUUUCUCCUCCUCCUCCUUUUUCUUCUUCUUCCACUUCUCUCUUUCUUUCUUCUAUUUCUCCUCCUCCUCCUCCAUCUUUUUCUUCUUUCUCCACUUAUCUCUUUCUUUCUUCUAUUUCUCCUCCUCCUCCCCUCCUCAUCCUCCUCCUCCUCCUCCAUCUUCUUCUUCUUUCUCCACUUCUCUCUUUCUUUCUUCUAUUUCCCUCCUCCCCCUUCUUCUUAUUCUCAUUCUUCUUCUUUCUCUACUUCUCUCUUUCUUUCUUCUAUUUCUUCCUCCUCCCCUCCUCCUCCUCCUCCAUCUUCUUCUUCUUUCUCCACUUCUCUCUUUCUUUCUUCUAUUUCUCCUCCUCCCCAUUCUUCUUCUUCUUCUUCUUCUUCUUCUUCUUCUUCUUUCUCCACUUCUCUCUUUCUUUCUUCUAUUUCUCUUCCUCCUCUUCCUUCGUCUUCUUCUUCUUUUAACUUCAUUUUCUUCUUUUUACAUGUAUUUUUUCUUACUUUUUCGCUUGACUCUAUUUCUUCUCGUUUGCUUUUUCUUCAGUGUUAUUUUGCUUUCUUUUUGUGUGUUGUCGUUAAAUAGUGUUUUCUUUCUCUCAUUAUCUCUCUUCCUUGGUUUAAUCCUUUAUUUUUCUUUUCUUUUCUUUUUCUUCUAUUCCUCCGUUUCUCUAUUCUUCCGCUUUUUACUCGUCCUCCAACGUUCGCUUUCUCGUCUCUACCAAACCCGUUGCCUUCCUCUCUGUCUUUUAUACUCCGCUUCUCCAUAUUUUGUGCGACGUUCGUUAUCCCUAUUUUUUUAUAUCUUAUUUCGGAAUUUGCCUCUUCAUUUCCUUUAUUUUCUUCUCGUUCUUCUUUCGUUUUUUUCGCUCUUUGAUUUCUCUUUUCGUUUCGCUUUCUUUUCUGCUGCUUCCCCUCUUCCUCCACCUUUUCUUCUUCCUCUCUUUCUAAAUCUCUGUUUCCAAUUUACACUUAGUUAUCUCACAUUUCCUUCCUCCUUCUUCAUCGUCUAUCUUUUCAUCUCUCCUAAAUUGUUCUUUUCUAUUCUUUUACUCUCUUCCUUUCCUUCUUUUUCUAUCUACUUUCACUUUCACUUUUUCGUCCCUCGUUAUCCUCCUCUCAUUUUAUUAUUCAUUUUUUUCUUUUUCUUUGGCGUCUGCUUUCACUUUACUUUUACUUUACUUUUACUUUCUCCACCGCCAUUUUCUGUCUUCCCUUCUCACUUAUUUGUCUAUUCUUUAAUUCUUAUUCAUAUUUUCUUUUUCUUCACCUUUUUCUUCCUUACUUUAUUUCUCAUUCCGCUCUUCAUUUUUUUCUUUUUCCACUCUUUUUUACAUUAUAUUCUAAUUAGCUGUUUUCUAUCUGCUUCUUUAUUCAUCUUUGUCUUCUUCAUCUUUAUUUUUAUUCUUCUGCCUUUCCGUCUUUCCUUUCCUUUUCCUUUGUUCAUUUCUUUUUAUCUAUCUAAUUCCUCCACCUUUUGUGUCUUUCUCCCACAUUUCCCUCCUUCUUACUGCUACGGUAUCCUCGCGCAUUUAGUAGUUUUUUUUUUUUUUAUUCUCUUCCAUUUUUUCUCUAUUUUUCUUUCUUUUCACUUCUCUUUUACAUUCAUCUUUUUUUCUUUAUCUCCAUUUUUAUUCCUUCAACUUUAUCAUCUUUCUUUCGCUUUUCUUUUUAUUAAUGUUUUCUUCCUUAUCUCUCUUCUUAUUGCAAAACAUUUUCUUCUUUUAUUUUUAUUCUUCGUCAUCCAACUUCUUUCUCUCUCUUCAUAA